AUGGCAGGGAAAGAUUGUGUCGGCAUCGCAUGUGAUACUAGACUAGGCAUGCAGGCACAGACGGUGGCCAUGGACUUUCAAAAGGUGUUCCGUGUGACAGACAAGACAUUCCUGGGUCUGGCGGGUCUGGCCACAGACGUGCAGUCUGUUUCGCAGCUUCUAAAGUUCAAGAUCAACAUGUACAAGAUGAAUGAGGAGCGCGACAUCAAGCCCAAGACGCUGAGCGCGCUACUGUCCAAUAUGAUGUACGAGAAGAGGUUCGGCCCGUGGUUCGUAGAACCCGUGAUCGCCGGCCUGACAGAGGAUAACAAGCCCUUCUUGUCCAGCAUGGACUGCCUGGGCUGUGAGAUGAUGACUCAGGACUUUGUGGUGGCUGGAACUAUGGAAGAGGCACUCUACGGUAUGUGCGAGUCGAUGUAUAAGCCCAACAUGGAGGAAGAGGAUCUGUUCGAGACACUCUCGCAGUGUCUUUUGUCUGCCUGCAAUCGCGAUGCCCUCUCGGGUUGGGGCGCCGUCGUCCACAUCAUCACACCCAAGGGCAUCACUUCCAAGAAGCUGCAGUCACGCCAGGAUUAG